CGAUCACUGCUACACUAAAUGAUCAAAGUUUUCGAUAAUAAUAAAGUAACAGAAAUUAAUUUUAAAUAGCCUACCCUUACAUGGGAUUACGUCAUGAGACAACCAAAGACGUAUAAAACUGAAAGUUCCUACUGUAGCGAUUUGAUAGUACGCUGCAUUAGUCUGCUUGUGAGGCGGCAUUUAUGCAGUAGCUAGGUAUAUACGCUAAAGCCCUGUACAUAUUAAUAGGAAGUGAGCAGCUACUAUGGCGACACUGCACACAAUAAGUGAGGCAGAGAUCCAGGACAUCAGCAGUAGCAUCACGUCACGGGUGGUGACAGAGGUGGUGGCACAGCUUCAGGACAGACUUGGAGAGCUGAAGUCCACCACACUUGAUAUUGCGGUGACAGGAGAGUCUGGUUCAGGAAAGUCAUCCUUCAUCAAUGCCUUCCGUGGUGUGGGCGAUGAAGAUCCAGAAGCAGCGAAGACUGGUGUCACAGAGACUACCAGGGAGGCCAUCCCCUACGUGCACCCCAAUAUGCCCACAGUGCGUCUGUGGGACCUGCCGGGCAUCGGGACACCUGCUUUCCAGCCUAAGACCUACCUAGAAGUUGUAGGUCUGUAUCAGUAUGAUUUUUUCAUCAUUGUAGCUUCUGAGCGAUUUCGGGAAUCUCAUGUCACACUGGCUCAGUGUAUAGGGCAAGCAGGGAAAAAGUUUUACUUUGUACGCAACAAAGUGGACAACGACCUGGAGGCCACAGUCCGGCGAAGAGGUGGAGAACCAUCUGCCAUAUUGAAUCAGAUACGAGAUGAAAGAGGUGCAGCAUUGAGGAGGAGUGGGGUGCAACAACCUCGCGUGUUCUUGAUCUCAUGCUUCCAGCCACAUCUUUUUGACUUCCCUUUGCUGCACACUACACUGGAGAGUGAACUGGAGGGCCACAAGCGCCAUGUUCUUCUCUUGGCACUCCCCAACCUCACCUCGACUGUGCUCGAGAAGAAGAAGCAGGCUCUCCAUGGAAGUGUGUGGCGGACAGCUAUGACCGCUUGCCUGGGAGCCAUGACACCAGUGUCUGCUGCAUCUGGUACUGUUCCCUUGCUCAUGGACACACUGCGAUCCUACCAGCAAAGCUUUGGGAUAGACACCAACUCACUGCACCGCUUGGCAAGUCUUACAGGGAAAUCUUACCAGGAGCUUCAAAGAGAAGUGCUCUCCACAACCGGCCAAGAGCUCUCUCAGGAGGGCGUGCAGACGAUGCUUUCUCAAGCGGCCGUAGGUCAACAGGUUGUUGCAAAUAUGUUGGAGAACCGGGUGCCUGUCCUGGGUACCAUUGCCUCUGGUGGUAUCUCCUUCCUAGCUUCUUAUUACACCCUGACAUCAGCUAUUAAUGACCUAGGUGAGGAUGCUGCACGGGUACUGAGCAGAGCUCUGAAGGGGUGCGACCAAGAGCAGGAUGAUGUGCCAGAUCCAGGAGAUUUCUACUAGACCUCCUUUUCAGUUGAUUGAAUUUAUUCUCCGUUUAAUGCUGAUUUAAUGCUGUAUUGAAAUGUUAUGAUAUAAUUUUCACUAUAUGGCCAAAACUAUAUGGACGCCGCUAUUAAUUAAAGAAAUUUUCUCAUUACGCCACAUCCGUUGCGGACACAGAUAUAUAAUUAAGCACACAGUCACAUGAUCUCCUGGAACAGACAUUAGCUGCAGAAAGAGUGGUUGUAUAUAAUAAUGACUUUCCACAUGGUACCAUCAUAGGACGCCAUCUUUCCAAGUCAGUUCACCACAUUUCUGCCCUGCCACAGCUGCCCCAGUCAACCGUAAGUGAAGUGAUUGUGAAGGUCAGAAUGUCUGGGAACAAACUCAGCUAUGAACUGAGCUCAUAGAAAGGAACCAGGGAUCUCAUAUAUAACUGCCUGUCAUGUACACACAAAAUGGGACCUGAAAGAGGCAUAUGCUACUUCCCACGCAAUCGUUACGAUCUAUAGAACCAAACUUGACAACAGAAUGUGCGUAUCUGUGCGGGAACUCUGACCCAUGCCUAUACGUACAUUUUAGAGAAAGUUGGCAACCCAGGUGGUGAUGGUGAAUUGAAACCAGAUUGUAGGAAAAAUACGAGUGGCAUUAUUACACAUAUAUUGAUGCCUUGUGCUUGUGAGUCAUAACUUGUACAUUUAAUUUCAUUUCAUAGCCCACAUCACAUAUAUAUCUACUUUAUUAUAGAAAAAAAGUGGUUUUAUUUGUGAUAGUGAGCCAUAAUUAUUCCCUAAGGACGUUUCAAUAGUAAAAUAAAUAAGCCGACUCAAAUCUUAAAUCAUAUUACAUUUGUAAUGUUUCAUCAGUACUCUCACGCCACAGUUUUUGAAAUGUAAGUAUAUUAGUGGCGGACAUGACUGGAUUAUCACGAUCAUUUGGGCAAUCAGUCUGAUUGCUGGAAACAUAUAAAUACUUGUCACACACUUGCAUAACGGAUUUUUUUAAUCUCACGUACUGUCCUGUUUGCUGCGCUCACAGCGAUAACAGGAUUUCCAAAGUGUUGGCACUUUUUUGUCACUCUAUUGCUUUGACAAACAAAAUGGUUUUUCUAGUCUCUACCUCACCCACAAGCACCUCGAUUUCUGUUUCAGAGAAGUUUCUUUUCUUGCACUUCCUACCAUUUGCUAGCAUAAGUAUAUCGGGCUUAAAUUGUAUACAUCAAUAUUCAUGAGGUGUUUUGCAUUGACCAUUUGUGGUUGGAUGUGGGCGUGUAGAAAGCAGAAUAUGAGGCUGAUCCACCUGUACACAAUUCCAAGUCGGGUGUGAUUUAUAAAGACAACAUUGCUUGCAAGUCUGUGUACGCACGGUUUUAUAAAUCUGACUUUUUUGCAUACACCAUUUUCGGCUUUUCUGCGUAUGUAUACUUUCAGUAUGAGUCCUACACACUGUUUUAUAAAUGAGAACACUAGGGGCAAUUACAGCAAAAAGACAGGACGAAGUUUAUAAAGAUUCCCUUGAUUCCAGAAUGAGAUAUUGGACAAGCUGGUGUCCACAUACUUUUGUCCAUAUAGUAUGUGUGUGUAAUUAGGACCUUUGUGAACAAGUGUUUGUUUUGUAAGAAUGAGUUGGUGCUGACAGGAGCAAGAACAGCAAGAAAAGACUUGCUGUUGCUGACAGCCCAUAAGGGAGGGUCCAUCUCUCCAGAACAUUCCAUUCCUCAUAUUAAUAUAGACACUGCUGUUCAUACAUAAUAUUAAAAAGACAUUUUCUAGAGGCAAACGAUCCCCUAAAAUAGAUCAUUUCUAUAAGGCCAAAUGAGUACAACACAGUACCAAUCAAAAGUUUGGACAUGCAUACCUUUGUAUGAAUGAGAAUGAUAGUGUCGCAUCACAUGACCUGGCCACCUGACAUAUACACAGUAGAGAUGGUUUUGGAAGAGUUUGACCGGAGAGUGAAGAAAUUGAACCGCCAACCUUCUGAGUCCCAACCCACAGAGUUGCGCCCCAAACAAAUUAAUUUGCAUAAUUCCAUAUAUGUUGUAGUUUUUAUGACUUUAUAAUUUUUGUAAAAUAUAGAGAAUAGUACAAAUAAACCUCUCUAUGGGUAGUCUGUCCAAACUUUUAACUGGUACUGUAGGUCUCCAUACAUUACAUUUUAUUUCUAUAAAUAAACUUGAUCUGAUUUUGAACAUAAGAAUAUUGUGUGACUAGACAUGGAAAAACAACAUUGCAUAAACUAGAGCAACACAGCUGCAUUUUGCAGUAAACUGAUCUUGGGGUAAUAGUGUGAAAGUGCAGGACUGAUGGUAAUAAAAUGAGACAUUUCCUUGAAAUGACUGUAAUGUUGCUUAAGAGAACAAAAACAUCACAAUGAAGAAACUUUUUGUGCAGACAAUAUGCUGCAAGUUUCAACACAUCUGGGCUGCCAACCUCUGGAGGGACUUUAGUCAUUUUGGAGAAGCUACAUGCAAAUUCAUUCUUAAAAUUAGUACUUACACAGCAACAUUGUAUGAAAAAUAAAAUGAGUUCAUUGCCUUUAAAGACAUUUGAACACAAAGACUUCUCUUGUAGUUGUGUAUUAAAUGAUUUUAUUUAUGGUAUUUAUUUUAACCCUAUAACAAUCCAGGUAACCACACAAUGUAUUGAGUUAAGAAGUGACCGUUGUCUCUAGCAAAUAAAUAUUGCGGAUGGAUUUUAAUUGUCUAUUUCAAGUCAGAGUGAACUCAUUUUUAGCAUUCAUAACAAAUUCAUUCUUAGGCUGAGAUGCCUCUGAAAAUGUAGUAGCAAAGUUCAUGGCAAAUUUGUGCUGGGUAUCUUGGGAAAUUUCACAGAUACAGAGGAUCUCAGAUAGGAAACAUGUAGCAAUUUUCACAAUAUGCUCAAUAUUACUUAAUUAAAAUUGUAUCAACAUGUCUAAAUGCAAAUGUAAUAAAAUAUAUACAAUCUGAUCCCGAUAA